CACACGACGGGUGAAGUUCUCUUGAUAACCCCGUCCUUUGUUAGCAACGAGAGGCAUCGCCAGUAAUAGUCAGUUCCGCGCCAGUUUCAAUGCAAGAUGCAGCAGCAUACUACUGCGUUGGCGGGCGUGCUGUUCGCGGCGGUGAUCACCCUGCUGCAGCCCGCCGCUCUCCUGGCAGCCUGCUGCUGGCCAAUUUACAGCACCCGCGGUCAGACCUUCUGCUCCGACGGCGCCCCCUCUGCAGAUGGUCUCAUGAACCACUGCGGCGUUGGGCCGUGCAACAUUUUCCACUGUAACUGCGACGACGGCUGCAGACCCUGGCAUCCACCAGUCACCAUAAAGGACAUUAAAGAUGACUCCAAAAUCUACAAAUUCCACUGCAAAGGAGACAUGAUGAAUCGAUGGCACGAUUACACUGUUGAGGAGCUAGCCAGCAACAAAGAGGCCUGUGGAUGCUUCGGAGAUGAGCGUGAUUAUCAUUGGGAGACAAUUCUGAUAUCUGAAUUAGAGCUAGUGGAACGGCCAGAAGCGGUAGUCAGCAACAAGCUCCACUGCCACCCGGGUCACGGCGCCUGCGUACUGGAGAUCGAGCACAUCAAGUCGUUCACGGUGACAACUGGCUUUGAGAUGAGUACUAGCCUCGAUUUCUCUAAAGUUGUACCGGCGUCGGUAACUCUGACGAAGAAAACGGACUGGGCCCGUACGACUGGCACCUCGCUCAAGUACCAGUGCCAGGCCCAGGAGGGGUAUUCCACUUGGAUCAGCAUCAAGCCACAGUAUUACAAGGCGAAAACUUUGCAACCCACCGGGUUGUAUACCCGACGGAACGGCGAAACUGGCAUCCCUGUGUGCGAUGUAGCUGACGUCUACCUGCCGCGUAUCAACAGUCACGGGUCCAUCGCGGGGGACGUUCACUGCCACGCAGAGAAAUUAAAUUUAUAAAAUCCGAA